AUGCUGUCACAGAUCGUGGUGGGCGUGGACUUCGGAACGACCUACUCCGGGGUCUCAUGGGCGGUCAGGACCAAGGCCGCAGGCCAGAAAGUCCGCGUCAUCAACGAUUGGCCUGAUCCACAUGCUCUGAACUCGACGUCAGAGAAGGUGCCAACCACUACAAGCUACACCAACGACGGCAAACUAGCCCGGUGGGGCUAUGCCAACUCUCCCGGUGAAUUCACCCUCAAGUGGUUCAAGAUCCUGCUGGAGCCCGACAACAAGUACAAGAACGCGGUAGAGGAGGUCUACACCUCCAAGAAGCUUCUGAAGGCCAUCAAACGAUCUCCCGAAGACUUGGUUGCGGACUACCUGAGGCUGAUCUGGAAAUACACCAAGGACGACAUCUGUCGACACCAAGGGCACGACUGGAAAGAAAUCUACGGACUAAAAGUCGUCUUGACCGUCCCGGCCAUCUGGUCUGCGGUGGCCAAGGAGAGGACCCUUCGAGCAGCGAGAGCCGCCGGGUUACCCAACGACAUCACCUUGGUCACAGAACCUGAAGCUGCUGCUCUCGCCGUCCUGAAGGACAAGGCAGCUGAAGAAGGUCUCCAUGUUGGCGAUUCUUUCGUUGUCUGCGAUGCUGGUGGUGGCACAGUGGACCUCAUAAGCUACAGGAUCAAGACCCUUUGCCCGCUGCAGAUUGAGGAGAGUGCUAUAGGCAAUGGUGAUCUUUGCGGAUCCGUCUUCGUAGAUAGAGCUUUCGAACGGUACAUCGCCACCAUCGUUGGGCCCGAAGUGUACAGAACAAGAUUCAGUGAAAAGGCCAAAGCGAACAUGAUGAGGGAAUUCGAAUACGGCGUGAAGAGAGUGUUUACGGGUGACGGUGGACUGUACACUGUUGAUCUCAAGGGAGCAGGUGACGAUCCCAAGAACGGAAUUGAUGACGACACCAUAACAUUGAAGGUGUCAAUGCUCAGGACAAUCUUCGACCACAUCUGCAACCAGGUCGAGACACUGGUCGAAAGGCAGAUCGACUCAGUCCACGAGUACGGCUCAGAGGUCAAGGCUGUGCUCCUCGUCGGAGGAUUCGGCAGCAGCAAAUAUCUCUACAACCACAUCUCCGCCGCUCAGAGGGCUUCCGGGAUACGUGUGCUGCAGAGUACGAACGCAUGGUCGGCAAUAUGCCGUGGCGCAACCGAAUGGGGCUUGGAGAAUGUCGGCUCCGUCGUAGUCCAUCCUGGCCGCACUAACAAGACGAUCGUGUCGCGCUUGUCGCGCUAUAGCUAUGGAGUAGCCCUGUCUUGCCUUUGGGACUCGUCCAUACAUGAUGAGCGUGAUCGAUACUUCGACGAGGCAGAGGGCGUACACCGGGCAAGGAACCAAAUGCGGUGGCUCCUGAGACGUGGCCAACAGAUUACCGAUGGAGAGGAGCUGACAUUGUCUCUGUAUGAGACAGUUCAGGUGGGGUUCUGGAGCUCGGGGCAGCUGAACUUCACGAGGUGUCUGUACAUCUGUGGAGAAGAUGUUCCCCCUAGGAGGCGAGACAGCACCGUCUCCAAAUUCUGCUCCGUUGCAUAUUCCAUCCCUUGCCCCGAGCUAUACAUGGAGAAAAGCUACAGGAGCAAGGUCAAUCGGAAGCGAUAUAGAGAUGUUACCUUUAAGUUGGUGAUGAAGCUGGGAGGAGCGAAGGUGGACUUCAAGGUCUAUUACAACGACAGGCUCGCCGCAUACUGUGAAGCAACGUACUUGGAAGAUGCGUAG